GAGCGCGACCGCUUCUUACCUCGCGUUCUCUGCCUUGUUCACAGGCGCCUCCGCGAUGGAAAUAGAGGCGGAACGAGAGAAAAUCAGGCGGGAGAUCGAAGAGCUGGAGAGGAGCUUGGGCCCGCUCAUUCCAAGGGCUGGGAUUCGAGAGCCGGACUCCAGCUUGGACUCUGGCUCUGAAGAGGAAGGUGAAGAUGUCCUGUUAAGAUCUGUCAGCAUCGCGAAUCUCCUGUGGCCUGACUCCGGUUUGGUGGGGAGGAGAGCGAAGAAAUUAGUAAAACCAGAGCCGGGGCGCUACCUGAUCACAGUAUGGUGUUUCAUAGCAACACACUCAUGUGUGGUUCCUUGCUACUUUUUGAAAUGUUUCUUUGUCUCACAUUUAUAUCUUCUCUUAUCAGAUGACCCGGAAGAGGAUGAAGUUGACAUGGCAAGUAACCAAGAGGUGGACCCAAGUGGGGAGAAAGGUGCCAGCGAGGAAGAUGAGGGGGAAGUCAACCUACCCCAAACCCCAGAAACCUGCCUCCAGAUGAACCUGGUUUAUCAGGAAGUGAUUCAGGAGAAGAUCGAGGAGAUCAACACUCUCCUUGCCGAAAAUAAAAAGCAGCAGGAAAAACUCACAUGGGAGCUUGCUGGAACAAAAGGGAUGAAAUCAAGCGAUGGAAAAUCCUUGCCAGCAAAUAUGUUUUUGGGCCAUUUUAUGAAGCCAUAUUUUAAGGACAAAACAUCAGGGAUUGGCCCUCCUGCCAACAGUGAUGCUCGAGAAAAGGCGAAGCAAGGCAUCAAGUCUUUUGAGGAACUGAUCACUAUCAAAUGGAAGAGCCGAGAGAAACUGCUCCUGCGACAGUCUGUAGUGAGCGACCGCUUACAGCAUCUGCUGCAGCCAAAGCUGCUAAAGCUUGAGUAUCUGAAUGAAAAACGGGAGAAAUCCAAGGAUGAGAUGGAAAGGCAGAUCUUGGGGAAGCAGAUCCAGGAAACAGAACUUGAAAUAAAUGAAAUCAACGUGUUGCCGGAAGAAGCUUUGCUGGGAAACAGACUCGACGAGCACGACUGGGACAAGAUUGCCAACAUCAACUUUGAAGGAACACGCAACGCCAAAGAGCUGAGGAAAUACUGGCAAAAUUAUGAGCACCCCAGCAUCAACAAGAAAGAAUGGAGCGAGGAGGAGACUGGGAAGCUGAAGGAGAUGGCUGCCCGGCACGGUGGCCUGGGCUGGGAAGCGAUCGCCCAAGCGCUGGGGACCCAGCGCACCGCCUUUCAGUGCCUCCAGAAGUUCCAGGCCUACAAGAAAGAUUUCAAACGGGGCGAAUGGAGCCCCGAAGAAGACCAGAUGCUCAAGCAGCUCAUCCAGGAGAUGCGAGUUGGGAAGCACAUUCCAUACCGGAAAAUUGCAUACUACAUGGAGGGGAGGGACUCUGCCCAGCUGAUCUACAGAUGGACCAAGCGAGUGGACCCCAACUUAAAGCGCGGCGCCUGGACGCCAAAGGAGGAUGCUUUGCUCCUGAAGGCCGUUGCAAAAUACGGAGAGCGGGACUGGUAUAAAAUCCGGACGGAGGUGCCUGGCAGGAACGACAUCCAGUGCCGAGACAGGUACUUGCAUUCAUUGCACUACGAUAUAAAGAAGGGGAAAUGGAGCGAGGAGGAGGAAAGGAAGCUGAUUGAGCUCACCGAAAAAUAUGGCAGGGGCCACUGGGCAAAAAUAGCAUCAGAGUUACCCCACCGCUCAGGAGCUCAGUGUCUAAGCAAGUGGAAAGUCUUGCUAGGAUAUCGAAGGAACAGGAGGAAGAAACGAGAGACCGCACUUUAUCCAAAGCGGAAACGUGUCCACCGAUGGAGCUCCAGCCCCUCGGAGUCCAGCAGUGAACAUUCAGACCUGGAUUUGGAUGAGGACGGUGCUGAGGAGGCGGAUGAGGGGCCCAAGGCCCACCAGCCCAAGGCUGCGUGUCACUGGAGAGUACCGUGCCUCGAUCUCUGGGUCCCUGCAAGGAACGAGCCGUCCGAAGCCAACCCCGGGGAGCUGGCCGCCGUCACUCUACUUUCCAAAGGCUUCGAUGUGAACAGGAAGCGGAAGCUGGAUUCUGGGGCUCUGCUGGGUCCAGAAGAGAGCCAGAGGACAGAGGAUCUCGUUGCCCUCAGCCGGGAGAUUCCAGAAUUGGCUCAGGAGAGACUGAAUUCUGGAAACACGAGGGAUGCGUGGAGGGUUUCCUUGGCUUAUGUGAAGCGUGUGCUGAGGAGAAACACCUACGAGCUGCAGAGGAGAAACCGAGAAAUCAGAAGAAAGAAACGCUUUGCCUCCAGCUCCCACUUGGGCCCCGGGGCUUCUCAGUUGGCCCCACUGGCCAGCAAGGCGAACGGAGCCCGCCGGCAGGACGGGACGUGGAGGACGACGAUCUACCGGAGAUUGAUGGUGGCAGUCGCCCCCUGGGCUGGGAGCAUGGUGCAGGAGUGGGCCCUUCGGGUGAAGGAGGCGGCUUCCCGCAAGUCAAAAGCGGACUUGAUCUUCAAGCAGCUGCAGACAGCCCACCUCACAAGCACACCUUUGUUCACACUCCUGAUUCAGCUCCUUCAUAUUGAUGUGGGUGGCUGCAUGGAAGCGAUUCAGAAAAGAAAAUCCCGGCAGCCGGAGCUCCCAAAGGCCGUUGUUACGACUGUGGGCAAGGCCAAGCAGCCCUCUUGUUCACAGGACGCCAAAGCCCAGCCCAGCCUCCCAGGGGCCAGCUGCCAGCCCAGCAAGAAGCUGAUUCCACUGAAGGCUAAAGAGGGGCCCAUCCCCGCCAACACGUGGAGGGCCCGCUCACCGCCUCGCCCGGCACCCAAGCCGAAAACUGUCUCGGAGCUGCUGCGAGAGAAGAGGCUACGUGAGCUGACGACCGGGAAGGGUGCCGAAAAGAGGAUUAUCCUAACCCCUCCGCUGCUCCUCUCUCCCUCUGCGGUAGUCCCCCAGCCAGGGGGCCCCACCACCCCAAUGGCCAGCAGCCCCCACGGUCCCACGGUCAGCCAGCCCUUUCCAAGGCCGCCUCCCGCUCCAGCUUCUACGCCUCAGGCCCCAUCGAUCGGAAGGGACUCGGCAUCUCCCGCAGAGGCAGCGGGGGGCUCUCAGGAGAGGACCCUUCCCUGCAACAGGAGCAAAGACAAGGCCGCUGCAGAAGGAGGCCGAGACAGCCGUCAAGAGGGCCUCUUGCCUCAGCGGCACCCUGAAGCAGCAGGAGCCCCUGCUGCCACCCCAGGAUUGCCAGCACAGGGCCUGUCACCACCCAGGCCUCUUGCCUCCCAGCCUGCCACCAAUGUGAACGCCGGCCCAGCAGAUAGGCUUUGGCCCGUGCCAGCCUCUCGUGCUCAGGGAGCGCUUGGUGCUCGGCAGAGCUCAGCCCAUCUCCUGCCUAUGCUGGUGGCUGCCCAGCCGGGGCCCGGUGCAGUCCCCAAACCUGCCCUGCCCAUCAGCUGGGUGCUGACCCCCCAGGGCCUUAUCCCGGUCACCAUAGUGAGCAUCCCCAGUCAAGGAGCGCCGCCGGUGAGUGGCUGUGGUGCUCCACCGGAUCUCAGCCAGGCUGCAGAGACUUUGGUCGAGCUCCCAGCCCCAGCGCUGGUUCCGGCUGUGGCAGGGCCCCAGGUGCAGGGGGGCCUUUCCUACACCAGCCCGCAGAGAGAUGCAGGGGCCCAGCGGACUGAGGUAGCUGCUCCUCCCCCUCCUCAGCAGCUCCUUGGGCACCCAACAGGCCUGGGGUGCACUCCAUCUCCUCAUGGAUCCGUGGCUCCUUCCUCACCCUGCGCCGUCUCUGAAAGGACUCCAGACAGCUCCCCUGACUUGGGCGUUCUGCAUCUGCCCCAUCCAAGUCAAGCCUCAGCCGGGCUGGAUGCCCCCCCUGGCCUGGCACUGCCGUCCCAGCAAGCCUGCCCCACCCCACCCCCGCCCCAGGAGGGGAAGGCCUUCCCCCUUUCUCGCCUCCUUUCUCUGGAGGCAGAGGAGGCAGUGAAGGGGUGGGCCAAGCGGGGCCGGGAGGGGAAGGCUCCCUUGCUGGGAACAGGCCUGCCUUAUUUGCCCCCAUUUCUCUGCAGCUUGAAAACCCUCUCAGCAUUGCUGCGGAAUAAAAAGUCCUUGGAGCGCAGCGCUGCCUCUCUCUCGGCCCCUGAAGGGCGGUGGGAAGAGCCCGGCCAGCCCGACCUGGCGGCCUUGAGGCGGGCAGUGCGCCAGAAGCUCCAGCACAACCCGGCCUUCCGGCUGCUGAGGGGGCGGUUCUUGGCGGCCUUUUCCUUUCCAGCUGCUCUGGCCGCGCUGCCCCCUCCCAGGGUGACAACGACACUCUCCGGGGGCAAGUGGUGGGAGAGCAGCCAGGGAGGAGAUUCUGACUCGUCUUCGGGUGAGGAGGAGGAAGGAGAAGAGGAAGCUGGGAGAGAACCCCCCGGAGCAACCAGAGACGGCCCUGAUGAGACCACGGAGGCCAACGAGGGGCUGGAGGAGUCUGGAACUGACGGCAUGGACUCAGAUCACAGCAGCCCGGCCAGGAUCCGGAGAAGCACGCGCCUGCAGGAAAGGAGACGCCAGCUGUGAAGUCAGCAGCCUCUUCAGUUCAGUUCCUCUCUUCCCUCCCAAUAAACUCAAGCACGAAGACUUCUGCUGUGUUUCUGGGGCCCCUGAGGAUGGCACUCUGGACUGUAUUGUAUCUUUGUUUUGGCCUGGAGAUGGACUGCCAAGCCAAGUGAGGGAUCAGGAUUUUCUGGUGGCAAAAUUCUAUGUGGCUGCGGUCUUUGUCAUUGAGCAGACUUUGACCAAUUACGAAUAGACUCCUUCAGCUUGUCCUGCCUUUGGCUACAGGAAAAUUGCCUUCCUGACCUCUUGAGCAGCCUUUUCCAAACUGGCAGAGCUUCGUCUGCUAGGAUUGUGGCUCCCAGAAUUCCCUAGCUGGCAUGGUCAACGCUGAGAACUCUGGGACUUCGGAGAGAGGCCACUUGCAGAAGGUGACAAGGCGUGAGUCCUCAUCUGGCUGCAUUGUGAGCGCCCCACUGCCUGGCAAAGAAGUGCCCUUUUGCUCUGUUACUGACACCAGGACUUGCCCGACAUACUAGAUCUGGUGUUAGGCCAAGAAAGGACUUGUUUUGUAGGGUACAUCAUUUUCUGCCAGCGGAAUCAUUGUGUUUUGUGAACCAGAGGAAGACCCAAGUGUGUUGCGAGUCCAGGCGAGACAGGGUUCUGCGACUCAGAAAACUUGUCUGCAGCUCCCCCUUCUUGCAGGCUUGCUCCCCCUUGAGCUGCUUCUUCCAAGGAGACCUUUUGCACUGACUCCUAGAGGUCUUGGGGCCGCACUGAUGGGAACGACCUUCAAGGAAAGGAGGAGGGAGUUAUUGGCAGCUGCCACCUUGACUUGGGGGUGCCCUUGAAAGCAGCUUUUUGGUUUAUAUGGACCGUUUCUCAUGUUGCUGCCCACGGAGCUGCAUGGCCAACAGCUGGUUCUUCUGCAGGAAGGAAGGAAACAAGCAAACACACACAUCUAGAGUAUCUGCUUCAGCUGAAUCACUAUAGACCUCUGUGUGUGAGUGAGCAACUAAUGGGCUCCCUAAAUUGGAACAGCAGCUGCUUCAAACAGAACUUUUUGAUUCUUUUGCAUUUCAGAGUUGAGUUUGUCUUUUAUGCAUUAA